CACACGUAAACGCGGAAGUGGCUUCUAUGCGUGCACCUGCCAUCAUUGUUGUUAGUCAGAUUUUUGCUCUUGCUAAUCGUAGAAGUUUGUGACAGUCACUUAUCUUCGGGAUGGCGGUUCCACCGCAGCUGAAAGCUAUUCAGCACCUUUUGAGAACAGCACAGGAACACGAUAAACGAGACCCCGUGAUCGCCUACUACUGUCGACUUCACGCCAUGCAGACGGGAAUGAAGCUAGAUAGCAAAACUCCAGAGUGCCGAAAGUUUCUUGUGAAAUUAAUGGAUCAAUUGGAAAUGAUGAAGAAGGAGCUCAGUGACAACGAAUCCAUCUCCCAAGAAGUAGUUGGCAAUGCCCAUGUUGAGAAUUACGCUGUGAAAAUGUUCCUCUAUGCAGACAAUGAAGAUCGAUCGGGACGUUUCCACAAGAAUAUGAUCAAGUCCUUCUACACUGCAAGCCUCCUGUUUGAUGUGUUGAGUGUCUUUGGCGAAUUAUCUGAAGAGAAUAUCCAGCAAACAAAGUAUGCAAAGUGGAAGGCAGCUUACAUCCACAACUGCCUGAAGAAUGGUGAGACUCCACAGGCUGGUCCGAUUGGAAUGGAAGAGGAAGCAUAUGAUGACGAAUUUGGUGCUGAGGGUGGUGGUCCAUCAAUAGCUCCUCAGGGUCCACCUCAAUUCCAGCCCUCUUUCCACGACCAUCCAACAAACCAACCCCCAACGUCCAAUUUCAGUAACAUUCUGAUACCUCCAGGGUCACAUGCCCCAGCCAAUACACCUGCAGAUAUUCCACCUCCAGAAGUACAGCCCGUCAAACCAGUGCCUGUUCCACGUGCCAUGCCAGCGGUCGACCCUUCUCUAUUAAACAAUACCCAAGAAGGUGAUGUGCGGCUUACACCAGAGGACUUUACUCGGGCUCAGAAAUACUGUAAAUACGCAGGCAGUGCACUGCAGUAUGAGGAUGUGGCCACUGCCAUCCAGAAUCUGCAGAAGGCCCUCAAGCUACUAACCACCGGCAAAGAAUGAGACCAUUGUGUGCCACCCCUCUAAACCCACUUAAUCAGUGAUCUGGCCUAGAGGAACUUAAAAAAGGCCAUUUCCCCAGCCUCUGCUGUAUCAAAAAGAGACAUCCCACAGGACACCCCCACAUCACGCAAUACAACAUCUGUUUCUGUCAUAUUGGAUGUCAAUAGUUGCUCAUUACUAACCAGAUUCAAUAAAGAUACAAAACUAAAAA